AAUGUCAGUUAGUGUCUGUAUAUCGUAGAAGAAGGUGGUCUAGUUUUAUUUUGAUUUAGUUUUUGUUAAAUAAUUUUUAAAAUAUUUAUUGUUUCUUUUAAUAUAGUUCAAUGAAAAACGGCUAUUAAGUUUUGUAUUUAAUAGUAUCCAAAAAGUUUUUCAUUAAUUCACAUAUUAUUAAAAAAAGAUGCAAGAAACCGUUACAAACGAGAGAAAAUCUUUAUUUUCUUCAUUCCUUGAAGUCCUCGAAGCGCGGGAAAAGCAAGCCCAAGCAGAUCGACAGCUGCAGGAGGAAAAAUAUCAGAGAAGGACCCAAAGAAUAUAUGAGUUCCAUGAGAGACAGCAGCGCGAGGCAGCCGAGCUGCAGCGCUGCGUGGAGUUCGUGUCGCAGCACGCCGGGGUGCUGGAGUCCGUGCUGCGUGGGGCGGGCGGAAGCGGGGGGGACGCCGUGCCGCUGUCGGCAGCGCUCGUCAGGCACGCCGCCGCGCUGCAGCGCUGCAUGGCACAGUGCGUCGCCAACGCCUCGCGUAUCCGACAUCUGCUGACGGCCGCUCAUCAGCCACAGAUGGACUCCAUGCUCGCUAAGAUGGAAGCAGAGCUGAGCACGUGGACCGCCUUCCUCCAGCGAGCCGUGGACGCCACCUACAACACCGAGGUCGUUAUCGACAAUCUCCAAAACCUCGUCGCGGAGCAGAAGCGUUGUGUUCGGGAGGUGUCCGCCAGCAGCGUGUACACGGCGCUGUGCGGCCCGCCCGACCCUGCCGAUGACACGGACGGGGGAUCAACGGGGACUCCGCGCGCUCCGGGGUCGGAGGGGUCGCUCGGACCCCACACGCCGGGGACGAGACGCGCGCCCUCCGCCGCCUGCAGCACGCCGCUGUCGCGCGAUUAGCGGCCGGCACACACGGACACACACACGCCGCACACGCUGUGCUGUGCGCUGUUCAGGCUGUAGGCCGAGGGUCGUACUAAGGAACAUCUUUCACAUGUCGCUCACUCUUCUGUUAAGUUAUUCGAGUGUGAUCCUCGCCAGCCCGGGCGUGUCGUCCCGUGUCCGUGUCGCGUCUCUGCCGGGGUCGGACUCUCUGCACUCAGUACAAACAAUCUCCACUGCCUUAGCUCGUGUGUUCAACAGUCUUUAUAAUAAUGAUGGUGUGUCUGAUGCCAGGCGUCGUCAGGUCGCCAUCCUUCGCCCUUAUCUUCGCCACUGCUCAUGUCUCACUAUCGUCCCUGUCUCCUUCGCGUGAACUCGACCUUUCUUAUGUGAGUGUCUAAUGUGUCAGUGUUUGUAUCGCGUAAUGUUGUUGAUCGUAUACACUAAACGUGCUUUAAGUUUAACGUUUAGGUUAUUCCUAAAGGUUUCAACCUAUAUCUUCAGACGUAUCGGCCGUCUGUUCUCGUGUGAGAUGUGUCGUCGAUUAAAGCCUAGUUGGUAUAUAUUUUACGUUAUGCUGAAGGUGUCACAUUUGUCCCUACACCGCUUCGCUUCGAGCUUGCCUCUAUAUCUUUAUGUUUCAUUGAUCUCGUACGUGACUCUCAAUAACUGUGUACCAAUAAUAAUAGUAAUAACUUGUUAUAUCGGAUCUAUAUAUUAAGUACAUUACAUGUAGCUGGGACGCUUCGGUGUCCGUGUGUGAGUGAGGUCGCGCUACACGCUUGUGAUAACACAACGAAACAACCCCUAGUAGUGUUACAUUUACAUGGACGUGUGUCUGUCUCUAUGUGUGUGUGUGUGUGGGUGUAUGUGUGUGCUCUCUCCUUCCUUGUACAUAUAGUUAUUACAUUUUAUAUAUAAUUAUCAGAAUUUUCGAAUUUGCUGUUUAUUGUUACUCUAUCAGAUAUUAUAUGCAUUCAUAUAAUAGUGAAAAUUGUAUGUUUUACAAAUAAUAUGUCAAUGUUGAACUUUUGCUAAAAUAUAUUCGAUAAAAUUGUUUUGUGUGUGUAUGUGUGUACGUGCGUGUAUCGCCCUUACACACACACGCACGUAUGUAUUGUAUUUUUUGAAUAUGGAACAUAAAUAAAACACGAAGUUACAAA